AUGCGCAUUGCGCAUUUCAAAUGGAAGCCGGAAGUUCUAUCCUGUUCCUGCCUAGGUUCGUGGCUCAGCUCUGCUGCUCAGAUGACAGGCGGAGAAAGGAGCCCAGAGCAGGAGGAAGGAAUGACCUCUGAUCUCCUGUCAGACAGAGACCAGGAAUCAAUAACAUUCAAGGAUGUGGCUGUGGACUUUACUGAAGAAGAAUGGAGGGAGCUGGACCCAGCACAGAGGGACCUAUACAGGGAUGUGAUGCUGGAGAACUAUAAGAACCUGGUUUCCUUGGGAUUGUCAGUUUUUAAACCCCAUGUGAUAUCCCAGCUGGAGCAAGGGGAAGAACCCUGGAUAUCAGAGACAGAAGUCCCUCAAGUGGUUUGUCCAGAUUCCAUUGCUCUGAGACAAAGUGUCAAAACUUAGAGUGGCCUCCAAAUCAGGUGGUUUUUCUGGGAGAGCCAUCUAAGGAGAUAGUCACCAAGAAUGUUCCCUUUGCUUCAAAACUGGCAGGAGCAUGGGAAUAUGAGGUCAAGAUAGAGAAGCAGAAAGGCAACUGUAAUAGACAAUCUAAGGAAGUAACAAGGAUUCAAAGAAAAACUAAUGAUCAGUUAAAGGUUCAUAAAUGUAAUACAUUUGGGAGGUGGUUUAGUCUAGUGUCACUCAUUCUUCCACCACAGAGACUUCCAACAGGAAAAAUUCUCCAGAAAUAUGAUACACUUGAUAAGAGUUUCAAUGAAUUUUCAGACCUAUAUAAAAAUAGUAGAAUUCUCUCUUCUAUUUGUAAGUAUAAUAAAUACAGGAAGCCUUUCACUUAUCACUCAGAUCUUAUUCAGUUUCAUAGAAUACCUACUGGACAGAGACUAUAUGAAUGUUGUGAAUGUGGGAAAUCCUUCACUGACAACUCAGUCCUCAGAAUCCAUACCAGAGAGAAACCUUACACAUGUAAUGAAUGUUGCAAGGCAUUUAAGCUGAAGCCCCCUGGUUAUGAACAUCAGAAAACUCAUUCCCAGACAAUAGAGAAACCCUACAGAUGUAAUGAAUGUGGGAAAACCUUCAAGCAGAGGUACGCACUUAGUGAACAUCUGAGAAUUCAUACUGGAGAGAAGCCUUAUAAUUGUACUGACUGUGGAAAACGUUCACCCCACAGGACGUCAUUAUUUGUGCAUCAAAGAAUUCAUGCUGGACAAAAACCAUAUAAAUGUACUGUCUGUGGGAAAGUCUUUGCCCACCGGGCAACACUUACUGACCAUCAGAGAAUCCAUACUGGAGAGAAGCCUUUUAAAUGUACUGAAUGCGGGAAAACUUUUACCCACAGGUCAUCAUUUCGUGUCCAUCAGAAAAGGCAUGCUGGAGAAAAACCAUACAAAUGUACUGAAUGUGGGAAAGCUUUUCUCCAAAAGGCACAGUUUAUUGAACAUCAAAUUGUUCAUACUGCAGAGAAACCUUUCAGAUGUAAUGAAUGUGGGAAAAGUUUUAGCCGGAAAAGCUAUCUUACUGGCCAUCAGAGAAUUCAUAGUGGGAGAGAAAGAUUUUUACAUGUCUGAAUGUGGGAAAUGUUUCAGUCUGAGGCCAUCCCUUAUUAUGCAUAGAAAGAUUCAUACUGCAGAAAAGCCAUACAAAUGUACUGACUGUGGGAAAGCCUUUACCUACAAGGGAGCAUUUAAUAACCAUCAGAGAAGUCAUAGUGGAGAGAAGCCUUUUGAAUGUACUCAAUGUGGGGAAAGCCUUUGCCUACAAGGGAUACCUUGUUGUACAUCAGAAAAUUCAUACUGCAGAGAAAUGUUUUAAAUGUACUCAAUGUGGGAAAGCCUUUGCCUACAAGGGAUACCUUGUUGUACAUCAGAAAAUUCAUACUGAUGAGAAACCUUUUAAAUGUAGUGAUUGUGGGAAAACAUAUCGCCAUAGUAGGUCUCUUACUAUACAUCAGAGAAUUCAUACUGGUAGAGAAGCCUUUUAAGUGUGGUGAUUGUGGAAAAACAUUCCGCCAAAGUAGUUCUCUUACUGUACACCAGAGAAAUCAUACUGGAGAGAAGCCAUUUGAAUGUAGUGAUUGUGGGGAAAACAUUCCGCCAAAGUAGGUAUCUUACUGUACAUAAGAGAAUUCAUACUGGAGAGAAGCCCUUCCACUGUACUAAAUAUGGAAAACCUUCAACCAGAUAAGAGAGAUUAACAUCAGAAAUUCAUACACUAGUGAAUUCUUUUUGUGUCCUGAAUGUAGGAAAGCUUUCAGUCAAAGGAUGCACUUUGCUCCACAUGAGGGGAUUCAUCCUGUAGCAAAACCAUUUAAGUGUAAUGAAACACAGUAAAAAACCUUCAGGUCCGUGCAAUAUCAUACUCCAAAGCUCACAUUGCAGAUGGGCAUAUAAAUGUAAUGAAUGUGGGAAAUCCUUCACCAACAGCCCAAUCCUUAGGAAACAGCAGUGGAAACCCUGUAAUUGUAAUUAAUCAGGGGAAAGCCUUCUCUUACUCAUGGCCUCAGUCUUUGUGAAGCAUCAUAAAAACUUACAAUGAGAGAAUCCCUACAAAAUGAUUCUGGGAAAGCCUUCAACAGGAGGGGCCAUCUUAUUCCUUUGCUCUUUUUUUUCUAGGUGGACUGUCAUACUGUGAGAACAUAAUUAAUAAUUAAUUUCUUGUGGACUCAGAGACCCAGUUUUAGUUGCUCUCCUCAAAAAAGUUCAAUCUUUGAGGAAGUUUUAAUAUUGUACCAGGGA